AUGAAUGAGUAUGAUUAUGUUGAUCUUGAUUUGAAGGUUGAGUGUCCUGUGUAUUCUCCAACAAAAGAGGAAUUUGAGGAUCCUUUGAUUUAUUUGCAAAAGAUAGCUCCAGAAGCUUCUAAAUAUGGUAUAUGCAAGAUUGUUUCUCCUUUGAGUGCUUCAGUACCUGCUGGGGUUGUUUUAAUGAAGGAGAAAGCAGGAUUCAAGUUUACGACUAGAGUGCAGCCUCUUCGCCUUACUGAAUGGGAUUCUGAAGAUAAAGUCACAUUUUUUAUGAGUGGAAGAAAUUAUACAUUUCGUGAUUUUGAGAAAAUGGCAAACAAGGUGUUUGCUAUAAGAUAUUGCAGUGCUGGAUGCCUUCCUGCCACAUACUUGGAAAAAGAGUUUUGGAAUGAAAUUGGUUGUGGGAAGAUGGAAACUGUUGAAUAUGCAUGUGAUGUUGAUGGCAGUGCCUUUUCAUCUUCUCCCAUCGACCAGCUUGGGAACAACAAAUGGAAUUUGAAGAAACUUUCAAGGUUGCCCAAAUCAAGUUUACGACUUAUGGAAACAUCGAUUCCGGGAGUAACAGAACCUAUGUUGUACAUUGGAAUGCUUUUUAGUCAUGCUGCUUUAGAAUUUGAAAGGGUAGUCAGAGAACAUGUGUACACUACUGAUAUUUUAUCAAGUGACGGGGAAGAUGGCGCCUUCGAUGUUCUCCUAGGGAAAACAACUCUAUUUCCACCAAAUAAUUUGUUAGAGCAUGAAGUCCCUGUCUACAAGGCUGUUCAAAAGCUAGGGGAGUUUAUAAUAACCUUCUCCACAGUUGAAACCAUGACUGAAGCGAGCAUGAUAUGCUCUGGGAAGGUCCUAACAUCUUGGUGGUUUAAUAUUUAG